GAAGCGAGCCUCGCGUCUCCGCUCUUGACAAACACGUAUCGUUUCCUAUCGUUGAAUAUUUAUAAUCACCUCCAAGCGCUCGAUGUCGUCUGUGGGGUCCAGCGACGUGAAAACGAUCCUCUUCGUCACGGGAAAUGCGGGAAAGCUGCGGGAGGUGCAGCACAGCCUCUCGGGGCUCUCGCAUAUCCACCUGGAGGCUGUCGGGAUGGAUCUUCCGGAGCUGCAGGCGCCCACCGCCGCCCAGAUCAGUUCGUUAAAGGCCGUUGAGGCCUUUCGUCGGGUGAAUAACUUCCCCGAUGGAAACCACAACGUGAGGGCGAUGAAGGAGGAUGAGGGGAAAGGUGGCCUUACGCCGGUUCUCGUCGAGGAUACGUCGCUCGGAUUUGACGUCUUGAACGGCCUACCAGGCCCCUACAUUAAGUGGUUUCUAAGCUCGCUCGGCAGUGAAAAGCUCACGCGCCUCGCGGAAGGCUUCAACAACCAUCAGGAUGAUCACCACCGCAUCGCCGCGGCGGUUUGCAUCUUUUCCUGCUGCUACGGCGUCGACGAAGUAACAGGGGAGCCGCUCGUGGUGCAGUUUAAGGGGGUUUGCCCGGGCAAGAUCGUGGACGCCCCGCGAGGUGAGAAUGGCUUUGGCUGGGAUGCCAUCUUUGCACCGGAGCAGCAAAACCCACCCUACGCCAAGACGUUCGCGGAGAUGGAUAUCGCCGAAAAAAAUAAGAUAUCCCAUCGCUCCAAAGCGUUAGUUUUGCUAAAAGAAUACUUAAAGAAUCACUGA